AGGGAUCUUUGGAGUGCAAGAACAAGAAGGGCUGGAAGCUGGGAAGGCAGGGCACCACGGUGUCCCGAACACAGCAACACUUUUGCGAACAAAGCAGGAAAUCAGUGCUCAGGCAAGGAUGGCAGUUGGGAAAGAGAAGCCAAGUGCUGGCCUUGGCAGGGGGCGGGAGGGAAGGAGAAUUUACCUUUUCCUUCCCCAUUGAAAAUUCCCUUUUUUUCCCUUCUCUCCUAGACAUCAAGCUCUUUGCUCUGGCACUGGACUCCAGGCCAGAGUGCUAGGCCUCCCUCCUCAUGUGGUUGCUUUAUUUCCUGAUUAAAAGUGAUUAGGCAGCCCUAAAGCCCGCAGAAAUGUGACCGAUGGGGACGGAGACAAAGAGUCCAUUCAAGAUCUCUUAAAUCCCCAGGGCAGUAUUUAGAGAGCCCUGAAGAGAGCCCUGGAGCAGAACCACCCCAUCACUGCCUCCCUGUUCUCCCUUCUCCUUCUGUGCCCUUCCUCACCAGCAUCUCCUCCACCAUGCCCUUCUCUGAAGCGGAGGUGCAGAGUGCCCGUGGUGCCUGGGAGAAGAUGUAUGUAGAUGCCGAGGACAACGGGACAGCAGUGCUGGUCAGGAUGUUUACCGAGCACCCAGAUACCAAGUCCUACUUCACACACUUCAAAGGCAUGGACUCUGCCGAAGAGAUGAAACAGUCGGAUCAGGUCAGGGGCCAUGGCAAGAGGGUUUUCACUGCCAUCAACGACAUGGUGCAACACCUGGACAACACUGAAGCUUUUCUUGGGAUACUGAACCCACUCGGCCAGAAACAUGCCACCCAGCUCAAGGUUGACCCCAAAAACUUCAGGAUCAUCUGUGACAUCAUCUUGCAACUGAUGGAGGAGAAAUUUGGUGGAGACUGCAAAGCCUCUUUUGAGAAGGUGACCAAUGAAAUCUGCACUCACCUGAACAAUGUCUACAAAGAAGUGGGUUGGUGA